GUAAAAUUUUAAUCUUUGCAAUCUGGACCAAUACAACAUACAGUAUUUUAAAAACAUUUUUUUCCUGAAAGAACUGAUAAAUAGAUACACAAAAUAUCUGAUUACACUCGCAGCGCCGUACCCUCCCAUCCGGAUCUCCUCUCCCCCUAAUCCGCCGUGCAGCUUUUCUCCGCCCCUCCCGGCUUUUCACCGUCAGCCGGAUCUCAGCGAGCGCCGGCGGCCGGGACACGCAGCCGCUUCUCGGUCACAUCGAUGGGACAUCAGUGUGGAAGAGGCAGCGUUCAUAAGCAGAAUAACGGCUCGUAUCUCACGGUUGCACUGGAUGUCCAGGGCUGCCUUUCUCCCUUUGAGUCCCGUCCGAUCAGAAUGAAGUAGCCCGGGCUGGGAGGUGCCGGUGUGCGGCAGGGUGCCAUGAAGUUGGCCGCUGCCCUCCUCUGCGCGACGCUCUCGCUGGCCGCCGCCACGGUCCAAGCCCUGGACGAUUUCGUUUCCCUGGCUGAGAUGGAGGAUGCCCUCCUGAGGAACCUCUUCCAUGGUUACCAGAAAUGGGUCCGGCCUGUCCUACACGCGAACGACACCAUCACCGUCCGAUUUGGCCUCAAGAUCUCCCAGCUGGUGGACGUGGAUGAGAAAAACCAGCUUAUGACCACCAACGUCUGGCUGUGGCAGGAGUGGAUCGAUUAUAAGAUGCGGUGGAACCCAGAAGAUUACGGUGGGAUCACAUCCAUCCGAGUUCCUUCAGAGACCAUCUGGCUGCCUGACAUCGUGCUGUAUGAGAACGCUGAUGGACGCUUUGAGGGCUCCCUGAUGACGAAAGCAAUCGUCAAGUUUAACGGCACUGUUACCUGGACGCCCCCAGCCAGCUAUAAAUCCUCCUGCACUAUGGACGUCACCUUCUUCCCCUUCGAUCAGCAAAACUGCUCCAUGAAGUUCGGCUCGUGGACCUAUGACGGCCACAUGGUGGACCUGGUCUUGGUGGAUGACCAUGUGGACCGCAAAGACUUUUUUGACAACGGGGAGUGGGAGAUCCUCAAUGCUACUGGGGCCAGAGGCAGUCGUCAGGAUGGGGUGUAUUCUUACCCCUAUGUCACCUACUCCUUUAUCCUCAAGAGGCUCCCGCUCUUCUACACGCUGUUCCUCAUCAUCCCAUGCCUGGGUCUGUCAUUCCUCACCGUGCUGGUCUUCUACCUUCCCUCCGAUGAGGGUGAGAAGCUCUCGUUGUCCACCUCCGUCCUAGUUUCCCUCACCGUCUUCUUAUUGGUCAUCGAGGAGAUCAUCCCUUCCUCGUCCAAGGUCAUCCCACUCAUCGGCGAGUACCUCCUCUUCAUCAUGAUCUUCGUCACCUUCUCCAUCAUCGUAACUGUCUUCGUCAUCAAUGUUCAUCACCGCUCGUCCGCCACCUACCACCCCAUGGCGCCCUGGGUGAAGAGCCUCUUCUUGCAGAAGUUGCCCAGGCUGCUGUGCAUGCGGGGUCACACCGACCGCUACCGCUAUCCAGACAUUCAGCUGCGCAGCCCUGAGCUCAAGCCCCGGGGCAAGAAGCAGCCCAGGCCCCAGGCUGGCAAGGAGGAGGAGAACAUCGCUUGGCUGGCCUUGCUGGAGAGGGCCACCGAUUCUGUGCGUUACAUCUCCCGGCACAUCAAGAAAGAGCAUUUCAUCCGUGAGGUGGUCCAGGACUGGAAGUUUGUGGCCCAGGUGUUGGACCGUAUCUUUCUGUGGGCCUUCCUCACCGUGUCUAUCCUGGGUACCAUUUUUAUCUUUACCCCAGCUCUGCAGAUGUACCUCAGCACACCUUCCUGAGUCCUUGUGGAGGCCGAACAUCGUCGUCAUCGUCGUCAUCGUCGUUAUCACUGUAACUCCGUCGUCACGUAGAGGCUGACUUUGGCUCCAAGGUGAGCUGUGAGAUUUGGGCCUAAUAACCGUAAAACCCUACAGGUGCCAUCCUUGUAUCAGUUUCCCAACCUAAAUUGACUGUAUAUUCCCAAAAUCUGUAUAUACUUUAAAUCUAAGGGCAUGGUCGGUACAAAAAAUGUAAAAUGUAAUAUAUACUGUUACUGUUACAGUUACUGUAGAGAAUCUACACCUUCUGGGUGCUCGUCAGCUGUGCUACACACAGUAAGCGCCUGUCAGGAAAGGGUCGGCGGAAUGUGCCAGACUGGCUCACAACCACACAUCCAUGGGACUUUGAAAUAACCCACCUUUUCCUCCCCUGCACACCGAAAAGGACCCUUCAGUCACGUCAUCCAUAGUUCCUGCUCCCUUCCACGCGUUUGAUUGUGUUCCAGAGGAACAGCAGCAUGAUUUGUCGAGUAAAAAAUCCUACUCUUUUGUGUCAAUGCCUAGAUUCCAAGGAGGAUGAAAUUUAUAUACAUGUACUAUGUGUGACAUUUAUGGCAUUUGGGUAAGCUAAAUUAAACUCAUGAUUAGUUGAUUUUAGGAUAAUUAACUCAAGAAGUUCAAGCAUUUCCCUUUGGGAUCAUUAAACUUUAAGUAAUGUAAUUUAGCACAACUUUUGUAUGGAUUGUUACAAUUUGACCACUAGAUGGCAGCAAAUGUUCAUUGACGUUUGAAGCCAUAUUAAAAUUUUCAUUGACAUAGGUAAGAGCUGUCAAACUAUAACCCAUAUUUCCUGACUUAUGUCAUCACUUGUCUGCGUUUUUAACACAUGGGUUUCAUUCACUUGGUUCUGUAUUUAACCUAUAGCUGUCAUUUCACAUUAUUAAAUAUAAAAGCCCCCGU